UUAGUAUUUAUAUAUAUAGUUCUAAUUUGAAGUACUAUCCUUACCUAAAAGCAAAGCUUCUCGUUCACAGUUAAAAACUCUUUAAGGAUAAUAUACUUAGUAAUGGAAACAGUAAUUGAAGAAGAUAUUGUGAUUGUAGGAGCUGGAAUUGCUGGUCUCACAACAUCCUUGGGACUUCACAGAUUGGGUGUCCGAAGUUUGGUAUUGGAAUCUUGGGAUAGUUUGAGAGUAAGUGGAUUUGCUUUAACAAUAUGGGAAAAUGCUUGGAAGGCUUUGGAUGCUGUUGGUGUUGGAGAUAUCCUUCGACACCAACAUCAACAACUUCAUGGAAAUGUGACUACAUCUUUGAUUACGGGACAACAAACAUCAACUACGUCUUUCAAGAACAACAAAGGAAAACAUGAAGUUCGUUGUGUUAGAAGACGGUUAUUGUUGGAAGCUCUUGCCAAUGAGCUUCCAAGUGGUACCAUUAGCUACUUGUCAAAAGUUGUUGCUAUUGAGGAAUCUGGUUUCUUUAAGAUACUACAUCUUGCUGAUGGGACAACCAUCAAAAUCAAGGUAUUGAUUGGGUGUGAUGGAGUGAACUCUAUGGUGGCAAAGUGGUUAAGCUUCAAGGAGGCCUCUUACACAGGGAGAUAUGCAACUAGGGGUUAUGUUGAGUUGAACAAAAAUCAUGAAAUUAAGCCAAUGUUCAUGCAAUAUUUUGGCAAAGGUUUUAGAGCUGGAGCUAUUCCAUGUGAUGAGAAGGGUGUUUAUUGGUUUUUCACAUGGACUCCUACAAGCAAAGGAGCUGGAAUUGCUGGCCUCACAACAUCCUUGGGGCUUCACAGGUUAGGUGUAAAAAGUUUGGUAUUGGAAUCUUGGGAUUCUUUAAGAGUAAGUGGAUUUGCUUUAACAUUAUGGGAAAAUGCUUGGAAGGCUUUGGAUGCUGUUGGUGUUGGAGACAUCCUUCGCCACCAACAUCUACAACUUCAUGGGAUUGUCACUACUUCUUUGGUCACUGGCCAACAAACAUCAACUAUAUCUUUCAAGGACAACAAAGAAAAGCAUGGAGCACAUGAAGUUCGUGGUGUUAGAAGGAGGUUAUUGUUGGAAGCCCUUGCCAAUGAGCUUCCGAGUGGAACCAUUAGGUACUUGUCAAAGGUUGUUGCUAUUGAGGAAUCUGGCUUCUUUAAGAUACUACAUCUUACUGAUGGAACAACCAUAAAAACCAAGGUAUUGAUUGGGUGUGAUGGAGUGAACUCUAUGGUGGCAAAGUGGCUAAGCUUCAAGGAGGCCUCUUACACAGGAAGAUAUGCAAUCAGGGGUUAUGCAGAGUUGAAUACCACUCAUGAAAUUGAGCCAAUAUUCAUGCAGUAUUUUGGCAAAGGUUUUAGAGCUGGAGCUAUUCCAUGUAAUGACAAGGGUGUUUAUUGGUUUUUCACAUGGACUCCUAUCAACCAAGAUAAAGAGCUAGCACAAGACCCUGCUGAACUGAAGCAAUAUGUGUUAAGCAAGCUAGAGAUGAUUCCAAGUGAUGUUAGAUAUUUCAUAGAAAAAACUGAAUUACAUGCAUUUCAACCAACUCCAUUGAGAUAUAGACAUCCUUGGGAGCUUAUAAUGGGAAAUAUUAGUAAAAGCAAUGUUUGUGUUGCUGGAGAUGCUUUACACUCUAUGCCACCUGAUCUUGGUGAAGGGGGGUGUUGUGCUUUAGAAGAUGGGGUGGUUUUAGCAAGAUGCCUAGGUGAGGUCUUUUCCAAAAAACCAAAAAAAGAAGAAAUAUACAAAAGGAUUGAGGAAAGUUUGAAGAAAUAUGCAAAGGAAAGAAGAUGGAGAUGCAUUGAUCUAAUUACUACAUCUUAUAUUGUUGGUUUUAUUAUGCAAAGUGGUUCAAAAUCUGUUAACUUCAUCAGAGAUACAAUUUUGGCUACAUUUCUAACUGUUCUGCUGUUGAAGAAGUCAGAUUUUGAUUAUGGUCAACUAAAAUAGCUCUAGUUAUUAUUAGUGACCAAAUAUAUUGCCAUGAUAAUAAACUUGUGUCAUUUACUUUUUUUUC